CUUUAUAUAGCCUUCUUCUAGCUAGUCCCAAAAAAGAAAACCCUUGAGCUUCUUUUAGAGAGAGAGAGAGAGAGAGAGAUGAGUAGCUUAGAAGAGGAAAGGCUGGUUCAGAUGGUACAGGAUUUUAUAGAAUCAGAAUCACCAUCACCCAUUUUUUCUGCUUCCUUAAAGAGUAGUCUUCCUUGUAAACAUGAUGCCCAAUAUCUCACUUUACAGGAGAUUCUUGGGAGUGGGACCAAAGCUGAGGCUGAUGUUCUUGAGAGGGUGUUAAAGCAUAUGAGAAGCAAAAGGGUUGCUGAGAAAACAACCAGCCUGAAAAAGUGGCUUGUCAUGAAGCUCAAGAGGGAUGGCUAUGAUGCUUCUCUUUGUCAAACAUCUUGGGUUACUUCCUUGGGAUGCCCUGCUGGUGAUUAUGAAUACAUUGAUAUAACAUUGCAGAAUGAUGAGAAUGGUGAUGAUGAUGAUUCAAUGAUGAGGCUGAUAUUGGACAUGGAUUUCAAGUCACAGUUUGAGCUUGCAAGGCCUACAGCAAACUACAAGGAGCUCACAGAUAAACUCCCACAAAUCUUUGUUGGGAAUGAGGAAAAGCUUACCAAGAUAAUAUCUCUGCUGUGCUCUGCUGCCAAACAGUCCCUAAGAGACAGGGGCCUCCACAUUCCGCCGUGGAGAACUUCCACUUACAUGCAGUCUAAAUGGCUUUCUAGCUGUCAAAAAGCACCUGGAGAAAACAGAGGAGCAAAAGGUGGUUCGCGUGGUUAUGGCAAGUGGUCGCCAUCGCCUCCCAUGGUGAAGCCCAAGAGGAGCCAUUUGGGUGGUGGGUCGGGCUUGACUAGCCAGUUCUCUAAGAUGAGCAUCAACUGUUGCUGAAAUUUUUGUUGUUGGAUUCUUCAUUUCGGCGGAGGCUGCCCAAUUUUGGUCCCCCUUCUUUUUCUUUUUCUGUCUUUUUGUCGGUCGGAGGUUUUUUGGUUAUUUCAUCCUUUUUUUUUUGUUUUGUUUUUUGUUUUUUUAAACUGAGGCUAUGGAUGUAAUGGAACGGUUGGCACCAAUGACAAAUCAACUUCUUUUUUUU